UUACAACUAUACAUACCUAGAGCCGAGUCUGUGUGGAACUUACCUUUUUUACGCAAUGGAAAACGACAUGUGGUAACUUCACUAAGCGGCUGCCUGCCUGUGCGGGUCCGCAGCUCCGUUCCACCUCCAGCAGCUUGCAAGAAGCCGUCAUUUUCCCCUUCUGAUCCUCGCUUCCAGCGCAGCCGUCUUUCAGGGAGCGAGGGGCGGCCGCUCUUGAACAUUUUAACCUAAUAUACAGGUAGUUUAGUAGUUGUUUAACGAAAAAGAAACCGAAAUACGCCAGGACCAAACAAAAAACAUGGGGUUUGAUGUUACUCUCGUGGACGCUAGUGCGAAGAAAGAAUCCAAUGUCUGUCCGCACUGCCACCUGAUUCUGGAUACACCUAUGCAAACUGAAGAAGGCAUCAGGCUCUGCAAAGGGUGUCUCGACGAAAUAAAGAUCAAGCCCGGAGGAAGAUGCAAUUGCUGCGACGUUACUGUGAAGGAAGGGCAGUACUAUCCAGAUAGAGCAGCCCUGAGAGAGGUGAACGCAAUUCUCGUCUUCUGUCGCCACAAGAAGUUUGGUUGCAGCUGGCAGGGAAGGUUGGAGCUGUACAAGUCUCAUGUUGCCGGGUGUGAAUUUGCAGGAGUGUCUUGUCCAAACGCAGGCUGUCAUGAGAUGGUUCUGGCCAUCCAGCUCCAGUCCCACCUCGCCCAGUGUCUCUAUCGCCUGGUUACCUGCUCUCACUGCCAGGAGAAACUGGUUGCUAAAGACUUAGAGGGCCACCAUUCCUCCAGCUGUCGUAUGUAUCCAGUGGACUGUGAGAGGUGUGGAGAGAAGGUCGUCCAUAGACACCUGCUGAAUCACCAUCUCCAACACAGCUGUAGACUGGAGGAAUGCCUUGUCUGUAACUCUCUGGUCGACAGAAAGACGUCCAAACAUGUGGGAUCCUCUGGAGAUCUCUCUCAUUCUUCCUCAUCUUCCUCUACUGCUACUGAUGACUCCUCAAAAUCCCAAUCUGCGACCCCCUCUGGGGGCCAGGGGGGCAAGAAAUCUGGCCCCCGCUCCAAACAAAAGCAGCAGAGGAAGGGGGAGAAGUCAUCGGCCGUGGCGACGACAGAGGAGAGAGAGGAGGGGCAGGGGGAGGAGGAUGGAGGGUAUCAUUUGGGACAUCCGACGGCUGUGUUCAGACAUGUGCAGACCUUGGCAACCCAGCAGGAGCUGUUGAGGACUGAUAUGGCAUCUCUUUCGCGGACAACAGUGACUCGUCUUACUGAGGCCGCCUCUCGUGAUUCCCAUGGCAACGAAGAGCUGGACGAAGGAGUGAUAAAGCUGAUUGGUCGACUUGAGGACCAGCUGAAGGCAUUCAGACGGCAGAUGGAGACUGAGAGGAAUAAUCGUAUUGCGGUAGAGGAGAGGAUGAACGGACUAACGAAGGAGAUGGAGACAGUGAGAGCAAGCAGUGGAGGAGGAGGAGGGGGAGUGGGGAAGGUGGGAGGGAGAGAGUGGGAGGGAGGAGGGGAAGGACACGUGAGAUCGAGACUGAUGAUGUUGGAGCAGAGAACGGAGCAACAAGAGAGAGAGACUAGCACCCUGAAGGUAAACAUGUCAGAGUUGGAGUUACAGCUCCAAGCCUCUCUCGCCUCAACCCACAACGGAUCGUUCCUAUGGAGAAUACCCGAGGUUGCUAGGAGACGGAGAGAUGCCAUCGACGAGAGAAUUACUUCCAUUUACAGCCCACCAUUCUAUAGUGGCAGGAAUGGCUACAAGAUGUGUAUUAGAGCAUAUCUCAAUGGCGAUGGAAGUGGAUAUAAAACUCAUUUCUCAGUGUUUUUUGUGUUAAUGAGAGGAGAAUUUGAUCCCCUUCUAAAGUGGCCUUUCGAGUACAAGGUGACUAAUUAUUUGUUUUUAACUAGCUGUCACUCUUUUCUGUGUCAUGUGCUGUGUCGUGAAUUUUCAAAGUGCAAAAUAUCACCAAAUUCGCAAAACUUUUGCUUCCUUAAAAGCGAAAUCUUUAUACUAAGCUCUGAAGAUUGUUGAUGUGCUAAGAUUUUGAGAACUAGAAAAUUUUGCUGUUGUGGUUACAAAACAUCUGGAACGGUUGUUAAACAGGCAAUUAUUGCGUUUCAUUCAAACGUUUGCUGAACAUCCUCCUCCUCCUUCCUCCAACUGGCAGGUUUCACUCAUCCUUGUGGACCAGGAUCAGCGGAAACACGUUGUGCAGACAUUCAAACCGACGGCCGAGAGCUCUUCGUUCAAGAGACCGACUAGUGAUAUGAACGUUGCCUCAGGCUGCCCCCAGUUCUCCAAGCUAAACGUACUAGAUGAUUCCAGUUAUGUAAAAGACGAUGUGCUCUAUCUGAAAUGUAUCAUUGACACUUCUCGUAUAUUUCAUCCGUAGUGACUGAGUAGUGACCACCUCCAUCAUCACUUUUACGUUGAUCAAUCACCCUUAUACACUUCAUGUGGGUGAUUAUUGCCCCUUGGUGACAAUAUAUUAUAUGAACCCUUCAGUUGUUGAUACUGAUAUUAAUUUUUUACAUUGCGCAGGCAUUUACAUUUUUUUUAUGCAUUAAAAAUUAUGAAAGUGCAUUAAAAUUAUGAGAACAAGUGUG